UAUAUCUACAACUUUAGAUAGUUUUGUAAUUUCACAAUUGUUCUCAUAAAAAGUCAAUUAUAAUAAUUUUUUUAUACUAAGGUUAUUAUAAUAAUUUAAGAAUAAUAACAAUAAUUUAAGAAUAAUUUUUAUUUAUUAUAUGAUAAAAUGAGAUUUCUAGUAUUUGCUGGCAUUAUAUUGAUGUCAAAUGUCGGCUUAUUUGCCAAAACAAUAGCUGAAGAUAUAUGUAAAACACCUGUUUGUGAAUCGGCCGGAAAGCAAUUGUUGGCAAAUCUAAAUAAAUCGGUUGACCCGUGCGUUGAUUUCUAUGACUUUGCGUGUGGAGGUUGGGUGGCCACACAUACUAUACCAUCAGACAAAUCAAGAUAUGGUAUAUUUGACGAACUCGACCACAACUUGAAAAAAGGUUUAAAUGAUAUCUUAAGACAAAAGCCAACAACAAAGACUCCUCAAUCAGUGAGAUAUUCAUCGGAUUUGUUUAAAGCUUGUAUUGAUGAAGAAACUAUUGAGUCGCGUGGUGUUAGUCCACUGCUAGGGAUACUUGAAUUAGUAAACGGUUGGCCAUUAAGUAACCGCUUGAGUACUUUGCAAGACUGGCAAACCUCUUAUGUUAAUCAAUUGGUGUCAUUAGGUUUGGAGUCUAUCUAUUCAAUUACAGUUUCGGCCGACGCUAACGAUACACUUGUUAAUAGAUUUUAUAUUAAUUCACCAAAUUUUGGUUUGGGUCGCAACCAAUUGGUUAAUACAAGUGCUUAUCCCGAUAUAGUUAACGCUUAUAAAAAAUACAUACUUGAAUCGGUAGUACUAUUAGGCGGUAAAAAUGAUAGUCAAACACAACAAGACAUUGAGGAUAUGCUUAGAUUUGAGUCAAAACUGGCAAAUUUAUCACUUCCACAAGAAGAAAAAAGGGAUCCAAGUGUAUGGUAUAAACGGAUGACAUUUACUAAACUUAAUGAGUUAACCGACAAUAAAGUCGAUUGGUUGAAGUUAGCUAACAAUAUCUACGAAAGACUUAAUUUACCGAUUCGUGUCCAAACUGAUGAACUGGUCAUUGUUCAGGACAGUGGUUAUGUUAAGGGUGUUACCGAACUGAUGGACAAAACACCGGCCAUUGUUGUAUCCAAUUAUAUGAGUUGGAUGGCUGUCAUGAGUUUUGCAAAAUAUACGACUAAAAAAUUUAGAGAAACGGAGUUUCAGUUCAAAAAAGUGACGGAAGGGAUACAGAAGCUGACAGAACAGGAGGAGAUGUGUACGCAAACACUUCUCGAUAGUAUACAAUACGCUGUCAGUCGUCUAUAUGUCGACAAAAAUUUUACCCCAAAAGAUAAACAAGAGACAGCAAAUUUGAUCAAUACUAUUGCAGAGUCGUAUACUAAGUUGAUCCAUGAAAGUGAUUGGUUGGACGAGACAACCAAAAGUAAAUCAUUAGACAAACUUAAUGCCAUCACUAAAAAUGUUGGUUAUCCCGAUUGGUUGCUCAAUAACGAUGAACUGGAUAAAUAUUAUCAAUUGAAACAAAAAGUUGAUCCCAAAAAAUCAUUUGAAGGCAUACUAUAUUUGGAGCAAAUUUCGGUGAUUCGUAUGUUUCGUUCGCUCCGGGAGGCAGUGAAUCUUACUUUAAAUUGGCCAAUGCCACCAGCAAUGGUCAACGCUGCCUACGAGCCGACACAAAAUUCAAUUACCAUACCGGCCGGUAUAUUGAAGCCACCCUUCUUUAAUAGUGAAAGACCUGUUCAAUUAAACUUUGGUGCCAUUGGUCUGGUUAUUGGACACGAAUUCACUCAUGGUUUCGAUGACGAGGGUAGUCAAUAUGAUGCUCAGGGUAAUUUAAAGAAAUGGUGGUCAACACAGAUUAGAAAAAAAUUUGAACAAAAAGCCGACUGUUUUGUUAAAGAGUACUCUAAUAUUUAUGUACCCGAAGCUAAAAUGCAUCUAAAUGGUAAGAACACAUUGGGUGAGAACAUUGCCGAUAAUGGAGGUAUGAGAGAGUCAUUUUUGGCCUAUCAGUCGUGGGUUAAAAAACACGGACCAUCACAACGUCUACCCCAUGUCAGCGAGUAUAGUGCCGAUCAACUGUAUUUCCUAUCACACGCUAAUGUUUGGUGUGGUAUGUAUCGUAAAGAGGCGCUGAUUAACCAAAUAGAGUACAACCCUCACAGUCCCGGCAAAUAUCGGGUCAAUGUUCCCGUCUCUAACUUUAAACCCUUUAGCGAUACAUUUAAAUGUAAAGCCGAUUCGCCAAUGAAUAGAAAAGAUAAGUGCAUUUUGUGGUAACUGUUUGUCAAAACAAUGUAAUUGAUAUUAUUAUUAUUUAAUAAUUAAUUA